AUGGGGGUGGAUGGCAUGUAUGAGAAGAGCAGGAUGCUGAACAUACAGAACAGCACGUGGGGCAGCCGCCAAGAGUGGUACCAAGACAGUUUGGUGACAGGACCACCCAACCCAGAUAGUUGCCAGCAGCUGGAGAGUGGCCUGGACCCUGAGCACCCGCAAGGUGCAAGCACCCAAGACCUAGAUGAGUCCCAAAUCCGUUUGCAGCUGAAGCGCAAAUUGCAAAGGAACCGGACGUCUUUCACCCAGGAGCAGAUAGAGGCGCUGGAGAAAGAAUUUGAGCGCACUCACUACCCCGACGUCUUUGCCCGUGAACGCCUGGCAGCAAAGAUUGACCUCCCGGAGGCCCGGAUCCAGGUGUGGUUCUCCAACCGCCGAGCUAAGUGGCGCCGGGAGGAGAAGCUGAGGAACCAGAGGCGCCAGGCGGGGGGCACCGGGGGCCACCUGAGCAUAAACAGCAGUUUUGGCUCUGCGGGCAGCACUGUCUACCAGUCCCUCCCCCAGCCGACGGGGUCAGGUGAGAGCUGUGGACCCGGCACCAUGUUGGGCCGUACGGAAAGCGCCCUCAGCAACAACUAUGGCGCCCUUCCGCCCUUGCCCACCUUCUCUAUGGCCAACAGCCUCCCUAUCCAGGCCGUGCCUCCCGUGGCUAGCCAGACGUCGUCUUACUCCUGCAUGCUCCCUGGCGGCUCGUCGGUGCGAAGCUACGAUUCAUACACGCCCUCCCAGCUCUCCUCUCAUAACCUGAGCUCCAGCAACGGGGCCUCUACUGGGUUAAUCUCUCCAGGAGUGUCUGUUCCCGUCCAAGUCCCUGGUGGGGACCCUGACCUUGCUCAGUAUUGGCCAAGGUUACAGUGA